UUACGAACUUGAAAAUAAACUUGUUUUUAAUUUCUAUUCCUAGAUGUUGUUGCAGAAGGUGAAGGAAAUGGAAUCUGCUGUGGAAAGGUUGACAGAUGAACAGAAGCAGCUACUGACUGCACUGGCACUGCUGGAGGAGCAGCUCAGCCAGACACGGCUGGAGCUGCAGGCUGCACGUGCGGCACAGAAGGACAUGGACUCCAGCAUGCGAGCAAUGGAAAACAGUGUGAAAAGUAUAACUGAUAAGGAGACGGUGUUGCUCCCACUUGUCCACAAGCUGCUCUUCGGUUCAUCACAAGACAGCACAGGGGAACCACUGACAGCACAGCUGGUGCAUCGCCAGGAACUCGAGGCCCUCCUCGUUGGCUUGGAGAAGAAGAUCCGCUCAGAUGCUUCACUUCAUCGUGGACCGGCAAUGGAGGCACACUCGGCAUCUGUCAGAGCAGGGAUUAUCAAGGUACAAGCAUGCAAGCAGCCAGUGGCUCUAACUCUGGAACACGCUAUUAGCCCCCCACCCACGCCAGGUCCCCAUUGUCUUCCCCUUCCCCCUUACGCUCACCGACCGCUGAGGCUCCCAUCGCCGCCACCCAUCGCCGGACAGGCCUCGCCGCCCGGCUUCUCCGCAGCCCCCGGAAGGCCUGUGGGUCUUGUUCUGGUCGGCGGCGGCACGUUUGUUCGGCAGGUGGAUCGGGCUGGCGCGGCUCCCCGAGAGACUCCUGCCACGCACAGUUGGAAAAGCAAAGCUUGUUGGGAGACCCCGCCCGCCCGCCGAGGCGGCCCCGGACUGCGAAUACGGCAUAUGCGUGCACUGGCAUUGGAUGGUCGUCGUUGCUUCAUGCUCGUUGACGGGCUUCGCAUCAAUCAACUAGUACCCUGGACAAUGAAUAUUGCUUGCACCCCAACCAAUGACAAGAGUUAG